GUUCUGCAAGAGACGGCGGUAAGAAAGGAAGGAAGCGAUGGUGUUCUUUAUGUCGUAUCCGCCGACACGGCGGCAGAUGAUGGUGUCUGUUGGUUUUUUCGCGGCGGGUGUUUCUCUCUUCGCAGCCGGAGCGUAUCUCUCGCUCGAAAAUAUAGGACCGCAGCAAGCUCGCGUCAAGGCUCGGAACCAGUUCGUUAAAGAUCGAAUCAGGAAAUGGCUCGACGAUUAGAGCUAAGGGAUCCCUUUGGUGCUGAUUCUCGCUGUAAUUUUAGAUUUUGAAGUGAAGGGUUCGUUAAGGGUUAAGCGAUCUGAAUCUCCAGUUUAAUGACAAUUCGUGCGUUUAUGUUAAAUAUCGAAAAGCUCGUACAUUGUUAAAAGUUUCAAGCUUUUUUUACUUACAUAUGAAGAAUCAAUCUUGAGAAAACGAGUGAACUUAGACAAUGUAUGUAGAUCAUUAGUACCAAUCUGGAAGUUACUUAGUCUCGGACACGAGAUGAGAUGGUCUUUUGAAGAAGCAUUGUUUGGUUUA